UAGCCGGAAGUGUAUUGUGCGAAUGUGCGAAAAUGGCUCCAACGCGCUGUGUUUGUGUUUCUUAACACCGACCCCGGAUCAGCACUGAGUAAACGAGGCGCUAUCAGUGAGGCUUAAAGGCAAUGAUUAAAACUGAUCUCGGAACAGUGUACCGGAAGUUUUCUUAAACCAGCGUGCACAUGCUUGUAAUUUGCUUGUAGCUGUAUGAGAAGGGAGAUCCUAGCAAGGGAAGUGUGAAAUCUUAAACAUCGAUACCUGUCUCUUUAAAGUCUAUAAUACGAUUUCGACUGUAAUCUGAUUAUUAUGACGUUUUUAAUUGAAAGGUAAUGAUACCGAUACUGAAAGACAAAUAGAUAGAGAAUCACACUGGAGUUUGUUCAGAUGUGACAUUGAAGCUUGUGUAGAUGUAACAGUGGUGUAUUUGAAGAACAUUAGAGUUUGUGUAGAUGUAAGAUGUCACUAUAUUUUCAAGUGUGGAAUUUCUCUCUGCUACAUUGACCAGAGAAAGUAUUAGAGACUGUUAUAGGAGUAUUGUUGCAUCACUGUGAUUUUUGUCUUGCCUAAAAAUGUGGAGAACUGCCUGUAGAUUUUCAUCAGUUAUUAGAAAUAACACAAGUUUGGAGAUUUUAACAUUCCCUUUCUCAGACUGCAUACAGCAUGCACUGUAUCACAGCUCCAAAAAUUUCUUCUGCCCAAAAGACUCUGGUUCUAAAGUUUCUCAUCGGGUAAGACCCAGCCCUUUCAAGUCCUCAGGUCAUUUUUCCAGAAUCAUUCGUCCUUCGGCAAAGUCAUCAGGUCCUGACGGAGGGUCUGGAUCUGAGCGCAGAGUCUCCUCUGAACUCCAGAAGCUGAGCUUAGAGGACCUCAGAAGGCCAGAACCAGAACCUCAGAUGUUUCCUAAGAAAGGCAAGGAGAGGGUCACUACCAUUCGUCUCCAGAGAAAGAAUCGAAAUGAGAUGGUCUUCGGGGUGGCACCUUGUUUGCUAGCAUUGACACAGGGGAAACGGAAGCCCACUCAGCUUUACGUGAAGAGCAGCGAAGGACGUCAGAGGGAAUCCGUGGAGAAGGUUUGUGAGGAGGCAGUCAGGCGAGGCGUUCCCAUUAAGCACAUCACUAAGCGUGAGAUGGAGAAAAUGAUCGGUGGUGCGGUCCACCAGGGAUUGUGCCUUCAAGCCAGUCCAUUAAGUUUCCUCACCAAGGAGAAAGCCAGCAAUGGGCAGGGAAAUUGGCGCACUGGAAACCCCUGUCCACUGUGGCUCGUCUUGGACGGAGUGCAGGAUCCGAUGAACCUCGGCUCUGUUCUUCGCACUGCAUAUUUUCUUGGAGUGGACAGAGUAGCUAGUAGCAUUCGCAACAGCUGUCCGUUAACUCCGGUGGUGAGCAAAGCCAGCUCAGGAGUAAUGGAGAUCAUGGAUGUGUACGGCUAUGAGAACUUGGCUGACAUCAUAAAGACAAAAAUCAAACAAGGAUGGCAAGCAAUCGGCACAAUCAGCUCUGAAGAGAAGAGUCCUGGAGUGUCCAUUAUUCCGUGUUCUGACUUCAAGAUGUCCAAACCUACACUGCUGCUGAUGGGUGGCGAGGGUUUCGGGUUGUCUCCUGAGCUGCGGGAGCUGUGCGAUGUUUUCCUUACUGUUCCUCCCAGAAGUGAGCUUCACCCCGCUGUGGACUCGCUCAACGUCUCCGUAGCCACAGGCAUCCUCCUGCAUUCUCUUCUCUCAUCGUGUAGAACUGGCCAGUGAGGAUAAUGAUGAUGAUGGUUUAUUUACUUGCACUGCCUCCUUGUGGCACUUAAUGACUGGAUUAUUUCAUCAAUUAACCAUCAGCUAAUUGACCCUAGAGAACCCAUCGAUCAGAAAGCCGAGACUGGGGAGGAGUUCUCUGGACUGACAGUUGGAGUGCAUCCUACUCUGAGGAACGAGCCGAGCGGGGAAACGUCCAGGCGGAGAAAAAUGUCAGGAAUUGUAUGAGAUGUACAAAAUU